AUGUCAGCAAACAAUUUGUUUGCUUGCCAACAAGCACAGGCUGGCCAACUGUCAAGCUCGACCAGUGCUUGUCAAUGCCUUGAGGCCUGGCCCCUCAAGUUGUACAGCGAUGAGGUGCCCAAUUUACGGAAGGGCAGUCACAGUCCACACAGAGCACAUGCCGACCACCUAUCAAGCUUGACCAAUGCUUGCCGAGGGAGACAAUCAAAAUUUUAUUGGGUUUCCGGGUUCGUUUUGCUUAUGCCCUUUGGUUGCUCCACGAUUGAACCUGGUACUCACUUGCACGUGCUGUCUAUGGAAAGUGGGAAUUCCUAUAUUGAUGACUUGCGAAGUAAACCAGAGGUCAUUGAUCCCCCUGAAAAUGAAGAGAUGAGAGAUGUUGGAGAACAUGUAAGCGACACUGCUCAAAGUCCCCUAAAACCUAACGUAACCGUAUCAAGUGUACGUGAACUACUGGAAUGUCCAGUUUGCUUGAAUGCUAUGUACCCCCCUAUUUUUCAGUGUUCCAAUGGUCAUACGUUAUGCUCUUGUUGCAAACCUAGGGUGCACAACCGAUGCCCAACUUGCAGGCAUGAACUUGGUAAUAUCAGAUGUCUUGCAUUGGAGAAGGUAGCUGCAUCCCUUGAGCUCCCAUGUAAAUAUCAGAGUUUUGGAUGUAUGGGCAUCUACCCUUACUACAACAAGCUUAAACAUGAAUCGCAAUGCAUUUUUAGACCUUAUAAUUGUCCUUAUGCGGGGUCAGAGUGCUCUGUCAUUGGCGAUGUUCCAUAUCUCGUGAGCCAUUUGAAAGAUGAUCACAAAGUUGAUAUGCACAAUGGCAGUACAUUCAACCAUCGGUAUGUCAAAUCAAAUCCCCAUGAGGUGGAGAAUGCCACAUGGAUGCUUACGGUAUUCAGUUGCUUUGGGCGGUAUUUCUGUCUGCAUUUCGAAGCAUUUCAGUUUGGAAUGGCGCCAGUUUACAUAGCAUUCUUGCGGUUCAUGGGCGAUGAAAACGAGGCCAAAAACUAUGGCUAUACCCUUGAGAUUGGGGGUAACGGGAGGAAGAUGAUAUGGCAAGGAGUGCCCAGAAGUAUAAGGGAUAGCCACCGAAAGGUGCGUGACAGUUUUGAUGGCCUCAUCAUUCAACGUAACAUGGCUCUCUUUUUCUCUGGUGGAGACCGGAAAGAAUUGAAACUCAGAGUUACUGGUCGAAUUUGGAAAGAGCAAAGUGUUCAUUUGAACAAAUGA